CUUUCCCACUUUCCCAUGUACCGGACUCUGUCUUACCUGUUGUGCCGCCGAUUGUCUCUUCGGGCGAUUCCAUUAGUGAAAACUAAACUGAGAGCUGGCUUUCGUUGUCCGGUACGGUCGUCGUGAGGGUUUUUAAAUUUGAGCAAAAUCACGAUCGGAAUCGAUUUAAUUUUUGUUCGCUAAGUUUAACGCGCAACGAUAAUCUUUCGACCUAACGUUUGGGUCACUUGUGUUUCUCAGGUAUAUUUGUAUGCUACUUGGAAAUUUGGUACUUCGGUACUCGAGCACGUGACCUUGUAAACGACGUUAUUGCGCCGAUCGUGUCGGUGACUUUAAAAUUAUGCGCUAUCACGUUACUCGCGAAAGACUUUACUCUCUUCGUUAUUGUUAUUCAAAACGGUCGUGCUGAUUGCGCGAUACCUCGGAUGUGCAAAUAAUGGUCAUCUAACGAACUGUCGAACGGAACGAGCAUUAUUGCUGAUGCAGUGAAACUUGCUACGUACACGGAGGAUUGACUAUUGUUUUACUUUAAUCUCGCGAGUGUACCUUGUGCCUGAAGAUUUUAUUAACCAACUUUAACGUUCGGCCGUGCAAUUAAUUAAAAGUUAUUAAUUUAUUGGCAAUCGCUCGCACUCUUUAGUCUGCAGCGUCUGUUGCUCGUCUCGGGCGAAUAAGGCUCUCGCGGGGUAUACGCUGAUCACGUUUGUGGACAUUGUCCUCGGACUUGAUCGAUUUGGUGAAAUUCGUUGCUUUUUUUUUUGUCAUCGGAGUAAAAAUAAAUAAAACUUAAUAAAGACAAAAGGACACCGCCGGUGCAUUCGACGCGAGAUGCUCGACACCGCCAGCUACCCCUUGUCGAAAUUCUUACGAACUUUCAACAGGCGUACGGAAAUACGUCGCAAACAGGAGUAUUCGGCUGUCGCGCUAAGUCAGGCUUGAAUCUGUACGGCGGUACUGCUUGGAAACGGCCUUUACGAUAAAUAAAAAAAAAAAACUGUAUACACCGUGCCGUAAAAAUUGUUUGAUCGAUUUCUGUAAUUGUCGAUGCUGAGUGAUUAAAAAAAAAAAAAUUCAACAAACUCUCGCCAGCUGAUACCUAUAACGCCACUAGUAAAAGCAGGUGUGUCAAAGCUGAAUUUAACUCCGUUGAACCCAACCUAACCAGUACCCAUCCCUAAUCGACCCUAACCCAACCCCUUUUCCGUAUAUGCGCUGUACGGUCAAUUCGAGUCGUUUAGGUUUUUUUUUUCGCUCGCGAAAACUUGACGCGUCACGUGGCUGUAAUCGAAUACUGCAUAAAUAUGAUAUUUGAUAAUAUCUUACGUAAUGACAAAAUAGAUCCUCGCGCGAGUCUAUUUUAGUGCCUGGUGUUAUUGGUACGGGCCGAAUUUACUUUUGCCACUUUUUGUACACGCAUUAUCGACUACGAGAUCUUUCGUUCGAUAAGGACGAACAGGACUGCCUGAAUUUCGUAUAAAGUUUCGAGACGCGACAAAUUCGCACACUGGUGGGAUUGCGAAAUUACAACAGCGGAGCUUCGACGCACAAUUGCCAAUGACAAUCCUAUUAGUCUAAUGAGGUUCGCGAGCGCUAAGAGGAUUUUACGGGGUGGGGGUGGCGGGGGGUAAACUUUUACGGACGUCUUUGUUGGUGAAUUCGUGUCUCGUGGGGAUUCGCGCGUAACUUGCGAUUCCGGCUGAUCGGUUUUACGAUAUUUGUGCAUUUUGCUAUUUUUGCGCAAUAAAGAAACAAAAUUCGACGAAAAUCACUCGGUUGCGAUCACGAGGCAUCGUACGAAGAAAAAGAAAACGUCACGUACCUCUCGAAUGACGAUUCACGCGAUUCUUCACGCAUCGCGGUACAAUUUGCACGAAAGAGCGAUUUAACCGGAAAAAUUGUGCAUAACGAAGCUUUCCUAGAUCCUCGUGCGAUUCGCGAUUUCGUUCAAGGACGCGACAAUAACAAUCCACUCGCAAGUUAUAUUCCGUGACUCACGAGAUUAAUCACGAAGAUAUAGUCUAUCUCUCAUCUUUCAGUUUGAAAUUGAAAAAGAAAAAAACAACAAUAAUAUUUUUCAUAAUUUUAAUCCACUUUUUUUUCCCACGCUCGAUUCUCGAUCUUAAGUACGUCGCGUAUCGCCGAUUCGCCAAUCUCUUUGUUACUCGUCACGUGACUGGUAAGUGGAAAAAAAAAAAGUCGAUCCCGCGUGUCUCUUCCAUGUCUCUCGGAUUCCUUACCUCGAUGUUAAACGUCGUUUCUCGUCUUGUAUGCUAAGGGAUAUCAGCUGUGAUAGAUAAAGAGUAAUUAUAUAACGCGGGUCGACCGAAUACGCGAUAAAUACAAUUAGCGCGCUGUGAUUUCAUCCGAGUGCCUGAUAUUUUGUACCUGGGCUUUGCUGUCUGACGUCGAGUGCGGCUCCUGCCUCCCUCUUGGCAUCGAGUGUACCCACCGCCAAAUCAAGUGCAACGUUAUUGGUGGGUCACGCAGUCGGCCGUACUGGAGAUAAGCGUGAGGAUUCUCGUCACCAUGACGGAAAUCUCGGAAAUGGAUCCCAAGGAUCGUUACGUGGUCGAGGGAAUUGUUUCCACAGCCGUCGAGGAUGUCGGGGAUGGAAGUCCCGUGUACGACAAUGAGACGAAUUCCUUUGAAUCCUCCUCACAUCUCGAUCCUCCCGUGGAUAGCGUGUACAUGAUAUGUGGAGUCUUGAUUGCUAUGGUCCUGGUUGGCGUGAUAAUAGUACUGCUGGCUGUUACCAUCAGCAAAUUGCGGAAGAGGGAGGAUCACUCAAAUUCCGUACAUCCUGAACCGCCGGUCGUGCAAACCGCCACUCCGAUCUCUGCCAUUGUCACGCCGUCUGCACCUUCGAUCACACCGCAAAGCGAAGGACCCUGCACUACGGAUUUGGGCAACGCUACAGAAUCGGAACUUACUUACACGACCACCACAGGACAGUUCAUUUGGCAAUUUCCACCGCCUUAUCCACCACCGCACACGCCGCCGCCACAGUACACGCUGUACAACAACGACCAGGACACUCUUGUACAUGGAUUAUCGUCGGACAGGCCAGGAUUUGCGAAGGGCUUCCGAAAGAACUUGGGGGGACACUGGCGUCGCUUGGUCAAGAGGAAGCCGGAAACAGAGACAUGUGCCAUUCCUCCUGAACUCAAGGAUCAGCUAAAGACCAUCUACGUCUAUUGACCCUGACAAGGCUAUCCACGGCCUUCUCUAUAAACCUUCCACUCAGUAAUCAAUGCUUUCCCAUACCGUAAGAUAGUUAUCGUCUACCGAUCUGCGAAGAAGAGAGGAACGCUCGAGGAGGAUGGAGCACAGAGAAGAAAGCAAGUCAAGGGAAUGGAAAAAUAGAAUAAGAGCCUGGGAAAGUUUCAGCAUGAAAGAUCCGGCAGGGAGGGGAGACAUGCUUGUAAAUGGAAGCGCACUGUAUGUACAGUUCGGUUGAAGAUUCGAAAAGGUUCUUGACAAACCAAAGUCGUGAAAGUGGAAAGGGGGGCAUGAAGCCCCAGUUCAGCACAUAUCAGGAGAGUGCCUAAAAGUGUUCGAGGCCGCAAGUGAAGUGCCACCUUGGUGGUCGGAUGUGUCUUUGGCACAAGCUCUUGUUAUCCGAUCACUAAUUUUAGCGUCCACUUGUGGUCCUUGAAAGGCGCGCAUUACAACUGACCAUCCUGGAAAGCGUCGCAUUGUACAAUCAGCGCCAUCGGCCGAUUAAAUGACGACCCAAGUGCCUUUUCGACGAAAGAAGCUCGCCGUCUGGAAGUGCCGUAGCCGUUUGUUAUUCACACUGAAAACGGUAUCAAGGCUAGAAGUGAUAACUUUGAUUGGGAAGGACGAUCGCGUAAGAAGAACUUCAUGAGACUGAAAAAGUAAAGAGUACGACAAAACGAGUUACCUCGUAGCUUUUGUGUACGUUUUUACACGAUUAGAAACUUCAAUCACUAGUAUUAAUGUAUACCUGAGUAUAACGUUCGACUGCUGCUUAGGCUUUGGCAGUUCUGUCGUAUGUAAAUAGAUGUAUAAAGCAAUAACGAAUACGAUGAACCAAUUUUUUUUCUUCUUUCUCUUCGUUAUACUUUUAUUUUCUUCACGUUUCUUAUGAGUGAGUGGCCAAUGUUUUCCCUUCUCUGCAAACCUCGUUCAAAAUCCCCCCCAUAAACGGUCCAACAAUAAUUUUCGAAGAGACCUGUACUUUCUGUACGUUUCCGCUCAUUGUCCAAACAAACUGUUGGUAGGUCGAGCCUAAGCUAAUGCUUAGACUCUUCUCUCGCCAGUGCGAUAUAAUAAUAUGUAAAAGCCGUAGCAUUUCGUAGUAAUUUGUAACAUAGGCCAAUUUAAGAUUAUUAACGUUACGACGGCUCAUAUUGAGCCCAUACUACGUGCUAACAUAGUAUUUUAGUUGAAUCGUUGUAUUACACAGUACUGUAGGUAGUCACGAUUUAAAAGAUUGGACGCGUCGAUGCCGAUCUAUAACGUAAUAAUUUACUAGGACGGAAAAUCAUCGUUAUUGCGCAACUUUUCUUUUUAUCGUCUCCGAGAUAUCCAACUGUGUUUUACGUUCGCGCACGACGACGAUGUUUCUGUUUUCGUUUUUCUUUUGUGCACAUAUACAAUUGAUUUUACCUAAUUUAAGGCAGUCUUCGUGCAGAUGAAAAAAAUUGUUUAAAAAAUAUACUGAUCGCAUGUAGAUGGAAAGGAUUGCGAAUGUUUUCGAUAACGUGGACAUGAAAAACUGUUAGUCUCAUUCAUGUGGCCAUUAUGAAUUUGAUCGUGUGGAAUUGUCAUUCGAUUUUGUAAAUAUAGUGUACUGUAACGUUUAUUUAAGUCAACGCAGUUGCAUAACGUUAGCACGGAUUGAAACUAUCAGGAAGAACCAACGAUGUGCCUACAUAUCUACAUAGUAAAAGGAUUUUUGUAAUGGUUAUAAUAAUAAUAGUAUGGGGCUGCGCUCGCACUACCUAGUCACUUGUUACUAUUGUCAAAAAUCUAACGUUAGAAAACCUUCUGCGCAGCUUGCUAACUUUUGAAGAUAUCAGAAUACAAGAAAUGUCGAAUAAAAUAUUUAAAAUGAA